CUCUUAGCAUUCAUGUUAAUUGUUGAUUGUAAAGUCGAAAUCAAAUAAGAAUUAUUCAUACUGGAAGAAAUUAUGAAGAUGGCAAAGGAACAGAAAGAAAGCGAGAAAAAUAAGGCCACAUAAAACUAAUAUUACCGAUAAUAACAAUUACAAUUUAAGGUAUAACAUGAGGUUUUCCCGGGGCAGUGAUCAAGUUAACUCAAACAAUAAUGUGAUUACAUGAAAGAAUCGAGUCAAAUAUAAAGUUGAUCCGAAAGUUAACAGUUGAAACUUCAUUCUAAAGUCUACCAACAAAUCAACUUAUCAUUUCCACCAUCUUCAUCAAAAGCCAUCUUCAACUUUAAUAAAUUAUGUUAGUCUACUUAAUAGUGAUAUUAUUGAAAACUCUAUUGCUCUCAGAUUUGGCCAAUUGUCAGUACAAUUCACCCGAGCCAAUUGAUUUACCCACAAAUUUAACGCAAGAUCAUUAUCACAACAACAAUAACGAUCGAGCUCGUUUAUUGCGCCCAUCUCUGUUUCGUCCAUCAAUAUUUCACAUUGUUACCUUUCCAAAUGAUGAAUGUUUUGAUGCCUCCAAUCAAAGUGGUACCUGUUAUACUUCGGCCGAGUGUAAAGCAUAUGGUGGAACUGGAACUGCGAGUUGUGCCAAAGGUUAUGGAACUUGUUGUAUCAUUUCAAGAUCUUGCCAUAAUACGACUUCCCAAAAAGUGGUCUAUUUUAAAAAUCCAUCUUAUCCAUCAAUUGAUACUCAACCUAAUUACUGUGAUUUAACUAUUGAAGUUAAAGAUACAAAUGUUUGUCAGAUUCGUCUUGAUCUUCUUGAUUUACAAUUAGAUCCACCGACAAACGGUGAAUGUCUGGGAGACAAAUUUUCAGUAUCAGCAACUGGAUUAGCAACAAAUAGUAUUCCAACUCUUUGUGGACUUAAUCGCAAUCAACAUCUUUAUAUCAACCUUCCUCAAGGUGAAAAAGAACGGUCUGCUUCUUUACUCUUUAUGACCAAUAGUAAUGGAGGUUAUCGAUGGCAUAUCAGAGCGACACAAAUCCAAUGUAUUCAAGAGGUUAAUGGAUCUCGUCAACGAGUUCGAAGACAAUUAUUUUCUCCUCGAGCCGAAUUGAAAGUAUCCGUUCCAGCACCACCAGGCUGUCUUCAAUAUUUCACCACUUCUUCCGGAGUCAUUGAAAGCUUUAAUUUUGGCCAAUAUCUCAAUAAUUUAGAUUAUGCCAUCUGUAUUGAAAGAAUGUCAAAUACUUGUAGAGUCUCCUUCAGCUCAGCUCCAGGGGACUGGUCAAUUACUCGUUCAGAUGGCGUUAAUCAGCACAUGUCUGGUGUCGGUGAUAAUCAAUGCUCUACUGAUUACCUUUUAAUCCCAGGAGCUUCGAGAACUGGAGAUGGGCGAACCUUUGAUCGCUAUUGUGGAGGUGUUCUUAACUAUAUGGAAGGCCGUGAAAAUACAGCUCCUUUGGUUACCAAAGCUUAUGGGCCCAUUGUAUUGAGAUUUCACUCUGGAACAGGACGGACAUUCAAUAGCAUUGAUGAUUUUGAAUCCAAGUCUGGUUUCAGAUUGAGAUUUGAACAGAGCGAUGUAAAUUGUUUAUCUUCGGAGACUCUUAAUAAUGAAUUUACAGAUUAUACAAAUGGAGGUAUCAUAACUGGAAUCAAUGCUAAUGUACAACCUGGUAAUAGCAAUGGAGCCUAUUUUGGUGCAUCUAAUUAUCCUAUUACUUCUCAGAAAAGUCGACAAAAUGGUAAACGAAUGCGAAUUUGAAAUUUUUCAAUGCACCUUCAUUUUUCUCUGAUGAUCAUAUCCAUCAAAAAUUGUAUUUUAUUAACAUUGAGAUGAUAUCAAUAAAUUUUGUACUUGUUCCAAUUCAAA